AAGUGAAUAAAUUCUGAAUAUGAUCGGCGAUUUUGCUAUUUUUUAAUAACAGAAUCGUAGAGAACAUGGAACUUAUAUUCUGUUGGUUUUUGACAAUAUCUAAUAUGAAAUUUAUCGAAUUAUUAUUUGCAAAAAUAUUUUCGAUUAAAGAUUAAAUACGAUAUGUUAUUGACUGUCUUUCGAUAAUAGUUACAGUACAAAAAAUAAUUUCUUAUGCUCGUGUUUUAAGCUUUUUUAAAAAAAAUGCCGUUAGUCUAAUUAUUGAAAACUACGAGAUUAAGAAAAAGAAAUUUAAUAAAUUAUUCUAUCUAAUAAAUAUCUUAUAUUAUCAAAAAAUAAUAUAGUGAAGUAAAACUCGUGAAGUUAAUUAUGAUUUCACAAAGAGAAGAACCUGUAUGGUCUAAUAUAGCUAUUCGUAUGUUUAUAAAUACAAUAUCCCAUCCAAUCGAAUAUGCAAAGGUUUUAAUACAGAUUGGUCAUGAACCUAUUUCACCACGUCCAACAGUGACAUUGUUUGGAAAAUCAGCAUUAGCUUUACCUAACGUUUUUCAAUAUGUUAGGUAUAUAAAAAAUGUUGAUGGAUUUAGUGGAUGUUAUCGGGGACUUGUACCCAAACUUUGUGCAUAUACUAUCAGUGCAGUAGCCUUUGAGAAAACUUCUGAAUGCAUUUCGUUUAGUGGUGAACCUGAUCAAAAUAUUGACGAUGAGGAAUUAUUAGAACCAGAAAGGCGUACUAAAUGUAUACAUGAACUUAUACGGGAUUUACUUAGUAGAAUGGUGGGAAUCAUAGUAAGCCAUCCAUUAGAUGUAAUAAUGUUAAGAAUGAUGGCCCAAUUUGUAGGUGGUGAAAUGAAAUAUAAUGGAUUGAUUAGAUCGUUUAUAGAAGUAUACAAGGAGAAUGGAAUUACAGGAUAUUAUGCAGGAUUAGUACCACGCCUAAUUGCAAAUGCUGCAGUAUUAGUUCUUGUCAGUUCAUCAACUUAUGUCAUCAAUAAAUAUGUUAUUCGUGAUCAAGAAUUAAAGACUUAUACAGCUUCCACUAUGAAAUUUUUUGCAACAACCGUUACAUAUCCAUUUUUGGUAGUAUCUCAUUGCAUGGCAGUAAAUAACUGUGGGUUGGUUGCUGGUCUUCCUCCAAAUAUGCCAAUUUAUAAUAGUUGGUUGGAUUGCUGGUCUCAUUUAUCAAGUAUCAAUCAAUUGAAAAGAGGCAGCAGUCUUUUAUGGCGCUACUAUACAGAUCCUCAAAUAAUUAUGAAUGAAAAAGCAAUACCUAUUUAUAGAGAUAAUUUUUAUCGGCAAAGUAAAAUCCAAUAAAAAUCAAUCCUAAAUCACAUAUGUGUUA